AUGGUUUGGACCAGAUGGACGGGGGUCCCAUUACAAGCGUGGAAUCCCAGAUUUUUCGAGGCCUUCGGGGCUCGCAUGGGAAUGGUUCUCAAGAUACAUGAACUCACAAAAUCUAAAGAACGUCUGGACAUGGCUUUUAUCCAAAUUUCCACUGGUCUAGCAUCGAUCAAUAAGGUAAUUGAGUGCAAGAUUAACGGAGCUCAUUUCAAGGUUCGAGUGGAGGAGGUGGACGAGUUUUACAUGUCUGGUAAGCUACAAGAUAAGGACGAGGUGGUCUUAUCCGAAGAAGAGAGCUUCGGAGAUGAAGAAGAUGAGGAGGAGCUUUCUGAAUCUCCGGCGGCCGCUCAGAUCAUCGGAGAUUCGAUCCUCAACCAGAGUAGAGGCGUGUUAGGCCCUUUUCCGACGUUUCAUGCAAACCUCUCGUGUUCCACCCAGGAUACAGCCGUCCUUCCGACUCCCGAGGAUGAUUACUUGCACGCGGCUCAUGAGCAAUCAUGGGAGCGACAGUUCCCAAUACAAAAUGUUCAAGAUUGUAACGGCGCGGGGGACCCAAGUGGGGAGUUUUCGAAGCGGCAUGAAGUUUUGGAAGAGGCAGAUCUCGUGAAAGAGUCACUCUGCCAUGAUGGGCCAACUGUUGAUAAUUUACAAAUCUCAAUGGGCCGUUUUCCUAAUAUUGAUAUUGCAGGACCCAAAGUGGUGGAAAGCCCAUGUGGGCCGGAGCAAGAAAGGGAGGGGUCGAGUAAAGGAGGAAAUGAACAGAUGCCCGAGCCCAAUUCUUUUAAUGAAAGCGGGGCCCAGUGCGAGCAACCCAUUUCGAAAGAAACCUCAGGCCUUGAUCGAGUAGAUGCAGAGAGAUCAAAAAGAAGCCAGGUACAGAGGAGGAAAAAAAUCGGGGGAGAAUUUCCCUUCAAAAUGGGUCUCUUUAAUUUGCUGCACAAUAGAAGUAAGAAAUUACCAUCCUCCAAAUUGCUCUUGAGGAAAGCAGCAAUUGGGAGAGCUACUCCCUCUCUGUCUCUGGAUGGCGAGAACGAAGGAGGCUUCACAGGCGGUAUUUCCAAUCCGACAAAGAACUCAGAGACGGAAGAUUCACAAAUCGAGGAAGGUAGAAGAAUCUGGGACUUCGGAAAACAACUUGGCCUUUCAUCUACAGCUGGGGAUUUGGAGAUAGCAAAAGUUAUGGUGGGCAUGAAGGAAAGUGGGGGUGACGAGGAGAAGCAGGAAAGAGAACAGCUAUGGGAUAGACUGGAAUCGGUGGUGAGGCAGAACAAGGACCUUUGUGUUUGUAUCGGAGGUGAUUUUAACUCGAUUAGAAAUCGAUCUGAACGAGUUGGAAGGGGCAUUCAGUUUUCGGCAAGAGAUGUUCAGAUGUUCGAUCAUUUCGUGAGAAGAUGUGGGUUGGAAGAAAUAAGACUCCAAGCUAGAUCGUUCAUGUGGUAUCAACCACAAGGACAGUGCAAAUCUAAAUUGGACAGAUUUUUGGUUAAUGAAGAGUGGCUGGCAGUUUGGACUCACACGAAGGCAAGAGGGCUCCAAAGAUCGGUCUCAGACCACUGCCCUAUUCUUUUGGAAACAAAAAGGGUGGACUGGGGACCGAAACCGUUUAGGUUCAUCAACGCCUGGACUAAGCAUCAAGAUUUCGAAGAAGUGGUUACAAAUUCUUGGCAACGAGGAGGCAUCUCUGGAUGGAGCAGCUUUGUCUUCAAAGAGAAAAUCAAAAGACUUAAAGAGGAUUUAAAGGAAUGGAGCAGGUCGGGUUUUGGGAUCGUGGAAGAGAAUAUCUCAAAACUGAAAGAUGAGAUUUCCAAGUGGGACUCCAUUGAUGACGUGUUCGGUCUGGACGACGAAGAAGCUACCAUGAGAAGUGAAGCGGAAGCAAACCUGCUCAUACAAAUUCAGCACCGGGACAGCACACUUUCCCAAAGAGCACGCAAUAGAUGGUUAAGAGACGGGGAUCUGAACAGUAGCCUUUUUCAUAAGGCUAUCAACGGGAGAAGAGCUAAGAAUGAAAUCUCGGGUCUGUCCGUGGAUGGAGCCUGGAUCGAGGAGCCAGCUGAAGUGAAAAGACUUGUCAAGGAACACUUCCAAACACAAUUCAAGACAAGGCACAAAGAUUGUUUGACUUUGCCAGCUGAUUUUGUUAACCGGAAGCUCUCGGAUACUACAAGAGAGUGGUUAGACAGACCUUUUUCCGAAGAAGAGAUCAAGGAGGCGGUGUGGAACUGCGACAGCGGAAAGAGUCCGGGACCGGAUGGGUUUAAUUCAUGUUUAUGA